UACUCAUCUUUCUUCAUAUUCCAAUUCCAUAUUUCCACAAACUAUUGCUAGUAACUUUACAUACAGUAACCAUCACAUUAAAUGUGCGUUGCAAUAUUUCAACACUAGCCUCCAUCAAUACACACUUGACAAUCAUCACCUUACUGAAUUUAAUUUCUGCUCGGGGUGAACGUAUUUAACCUCGGUGUCAAAGUACUGAGAGUCAGGUUACUCAAGACUAGUGUGACUUUCUUCACUGCCUCCUGUGGAUCUCUGUUUUUUGACGACAUAGAGCUGUCGCCAUGGUCGCUUUCCAAUCCAAAUGGCGCUACCUUUUCAUGUUUCUGGGUAUCCAGCUGGUGGUCAUGGCGCUGCUCUCCCGAGAGGGAUAUCAGAAGAGGGUCACCUACUUCAUCCGCAUCUUCCGCAAGCCUGACGGCACUGGUUUUUCAGGCCGCAAUCACACAGCAACCGGCAUCACUGGAGGGGACGUAUAUGCCAACCUCUCCCACCUAUCCAAAGCUCAUAGCCAUGGAGACGACAUGCCCUACUGCCCUAAGACGUCCCCUUUUGUAGGUGGGCCAAUCCAUGUCAGCUUUCCAUCAGGGCUCACCCUAGCAGAGGUUCAAAGGAAAAAUCCACUUGUGGUACGUGGAGGACGCUACAGGCCACCUGACUGUGAGGCCAGGCACCGAACAGCCAUCGUCAUCCCCCACAGACACAGAGAACACCACUUAAAGUUCCUGCUCUACUACCUACAUCCGUUUCUGCAGCGCCAGCAGCUCAACUAUGGAAUUUAUGUGAUUCAUCAGGCUGGAAACUACACUUUUAACAGAGCCAAGCUGAUGAAUGCGGGUUUCCGGGAGGCCAUGAGGGAGGAAGACUGGGACUGUCUCUUCUUCCAUGAUGUGGACCUCAUUCCAGAGGACGAUCGCAACACAUACGUCUGUGACUCCAACCCUAAGCACGCAGCCAUUGCCAUGGACAAGUUUGGCUACAAGCUUCCGUACAAGAUGUACUUUGGAGGAGUGUCAGCUCUGACACCACUGCACUACCUCAAAAUGAAUGGCUUUCCCAACAACUACUGGGGCUGGGGAGGAGAGGACGAUGAUAUUGGAGUCAGGGUGUCUCUGGCAGGGAUGUAUAUCACUCGGCCAUCACUGAAGGUUGGCCGUUACAAGAUGAUUAAACACAAGCUGGACAAAGGAAAUGAUGUGAACCCAAAGAGGUUCAACAUGCUGGCCAAGACACGUCAAACCUGGAAGAUGGAUGGGAUGAACACGGCUGAAUACGAGAUAAUCUCAAGGCAAUAUCUGCCCCUCUACACCAACAUCACUGUCAACAUCGGCACUGAGGCCGGUCUACAUCCCCCGACACCACCUCCUCCUCAUGCCAAAGCUGCAGGCAAACCUGCUGCCGAAGCGCCAGCCGAAGUCCCGAUAAAGGGCCCAGCCAACCCCCCUGCCAAAAUGAAAAAGGGCCUCUCAGAGAAACAGUCUGCCCUGAACAACCACUAAUCAUGUCUCUCUUUGCCAUUACUUCAAUAGGAUAAUAGGAUGCUGUAGGAUGGUGUGUUUUCCUCUCACUGGCCUGGAGUUUUUCGCUAAUUUUCGCUCAGAUUUUUCGUCUGUUUGUGGAGGACUUAGUUUGUGGAGAAACAACAUCAAGUUGCCCACAGACAGUCAGGCAGCCAUUUCUGUGAUAAACACACCUGGUUUAUUAAAACAAUAGACAUGACUUUAUCAACCCUUAGGUGGCGUUCCACCUUGGUUCCUACGAUCCUGUGAUAUCACUGAUUAUUCUUCCAAGGGAGCCACAGCAAAGAGAGAAGGCUAAAAGUUGGACUCUAUGAGUUUAUAUAUCUACAGCACUGUGGUCGCUGGUUAAACCUUGUGAUGCCUUAGAAUCUUGUUUUCUUUUUUGUCUUUUCAUUUGUAAUUUACAUGAUUUAGAAUACUGGGCCUAAUGGAGCAGUACCUGCAAUUUCCAGCAGUCACACUGUGCCACGAAAGAGUUGGACAAAUUUUUUUUUUUUUUUUGUCUCAAAACCAAUGAAUACAUGAAUGAAAGUGUGUUUCCAAGUGCGUAAAGCUGCUACAGUGAGUACUAAAUGAAAGAACUUGUAUUACUGGUAUCCCUAUUACCGCUUUUGACACAACAGUGCACAUAUCCAUGUAUCUGUCUGCAAAUGUCUGGGCCCUAGUUUAGAAAGGGUUCCUAAACAGAGACGCUGCUCUACUUCAGUAUGGCUUGUACAUGAAAAUAUAGGCUAAAGAUCUCAUGUUUUUAAAGCUAUGGAUGCUGCACACAUAAUUUUGCCUUUUGUCAUAUUCAGUAGGAUUGAACGAAGUGGAAAACAUUUUGGUUCUGUACACCAAGGCCAAGGUACAGUUCUGUGUAGUUUUUAUCUUGGCAGUAGUCGGUGCAUUCAUUUCAGCCUUUCAGAUCAUUUACUUAUAUUUCAGCAUAUCAUUUUUUGUGUGUUUUUGUGUAUUUGCCUUCUUAAAUUUUUUUUUAGAACCGUCUUGGUGACGGUGAUCAGUCCUCUGCCUUCAGAUGAGCUUGUGAUUCACAUCCUAAUGGAGUCUAUUAUUUUUAUAUAUAUAUAUAUAUAUAUAUAUAUAUAUAUGUUGAUUAUGUCCUGUGUACUCUAGAGCUUCUUAUGUAAAUGUGUCCCUCAAAAGUGCUGGCUUUCUCCCUCAACACUUCAUAUGCCGUGAAUCUUGAUAAUGUGCCACCCUCCUUUACAUUUAACUACACAAAUCUCUGAAAAAUGAAAUGACCCCCCCCCCAAAAAAAACAUUUGCUCAGCACAUAAAAAAGUAACUUCUACAGUGUCUUCAGAUCAGGACCGGUUCAGGAGUGGAGAUUGGUAAAUUUCAAGUUCCAGUAGUCAAAUUUAUUAAUCCAGACCAAUAAGUUAGUUCAGUAAUUUGAGCCCAAAGCACAACAGGACAAAUCUGUGAUCACUGUUGAUGUGGGAAGGAAAGUCACAAGAGCAUUUUGAAUUUUCAUGUUUCAACUUUAGUUCAGUAGAAUGAUUGUGGUUUGAGAAAAUACUGAGACAUCUGGAACUGAUUUGAGUUGUUGAAAAGUUGAAAAGCCAUAGAAUAAUGUCUAAAUACAUUGUUGACAUAUUGACCACGUGACAGUGAAAUUUAAAUGAAAAUUGGAGUGUGAAUUAUAUCACAGGUAUCUUUAGCAUUAUUUAAAAGUUACAGUUUGGCUUGCUAAUACAUGGAAGCAAACUGUGUUUCUUUACUCUUUUCAUUCUUUCCAUCUUUCUAUUUCAGACACAUGCAAACAGUUGGUAGCUUGGUGUAACUGCAGUCUGUGACGUCAAUAUUGACCCAGCGCCCCACAAUGAGACUCCAGUCGUCAAACCAGUUGUUCUCUAACAAGUUAUUAAAUGGAGACAUCUGCUGUGUCCUUUCCCCUUGUGCCCUUGUACUGCAUGUGGACUCUCCACGCUCCUUGUCUCUUCUCUCCACACUGAGAGAUUCGAUUGUUUACAACAAAAAAUCAGUCCCUUUAUCCAGUGACCGCGGCUACACUGACAGGUGAACAGGCUGAAACCAAAGAUGACCGAAAUGGAAAGCUGUGAUGAUGGGAAGAAAAAAAAAUGUGUGUAUACAGUACACUCCAUAUAUUUUUCUUCAAACACUAUAAAGAAAACUUACUUUUAUCUUCAUGUUAUUGUGGUAUCAGGCUGCAGAAGUGAAUGGACGAGGUCUGAGAGUGGUUGCCUGUGAGUUUUUAUCAUUUUCAUGUGAAUUCGUAUUCAGCUCAUAUGGCCUCAGCAACACAUGCAAUACUAGUAUUUCAACACUUGGGCACCAAUACAAUAGUAUCUUUAUCUCAAGACUUAAUAUGCAUGGCAAACAACCUAUAUGUAAGGAAAUGGGAAUAUACUGAGCACAUUCAUAUGAUUCAUAUCAGUGCUCACCUAGACAAUUUGAAGCAUGCUGAAGUGUCUAUUUGUGAACCAGAAACUCUUGUUGACUUUUUAUGUUAAUUUCCAUUUGCUGUGUGGAGUUCCCCUGCUGUUGUGAGAAAUUAGAGGAUAAGAAAAGGGCAUUUGUGUACACAGGAAGCUUUUUGUUUCCACAGUCACAAUGUCGAGUUUCCAUCAUUUACUGUGUAACACUUGACCUAAUGGGUUUUUUUUUUGUUUUAAAGGUUUGUUAUGUUUAAUUUGAUUUGACUCCAUUUUGAUGUGGCUAAGCUCAGCAACAAUAGAAAGCAGUUAUCACAGGGUAGUACUGAAGCAACCAAGGGCAAAGUGACUUUGUGAGUCAUUUCUGCGCUCUUUAUGAAUUCUGCACAGUCCAGAGUGGCCUUAAAUUCAUUAAUAAACUGAUUAUUCAAAAGAAA